GGAGCGGCUUCGCCUCAGCCGGCCGCCGGGGCUGAGAAGCAGUCGCAGGACUUUGCCGCUCACGGCCGCCGCCGCCUGUUUUGUGGAGGUCUCAGGGCCCAGUGGAAGUCCACCAUGAGCGCCGCCGCUGAAGAGGAGGAGUCCUCCGUCGCCCCGAGACGCGCCUCGUCGCCUUCAAGCGGCGACUGGGCGGCAGAGGAGGAAGACCGUAACGGACAGCCCCGGAGGAGGGCUGAGGGGGCGGCGGAAGCGGCGGCAGCAGAGGAGAGCGAGGCUCGGCAGUUCGCCCUCCGCCUGGCCCUUGAGGCGGGGGCGGAGGUGCAGGAAGUGGAAGAAAGCAUAGAAGAGAUGUUAAUAAGACUGGAUGAGUUCUGCGGCAUGACUGAUAUGAUUAGAAGCGACACAUCCCAGCUCCUGGAUGAGGCCGUUCCACUCAUUAAAGCCAAGAUGAUAGAAAUGAAUAAUAUCUAUAUGAAGGUGGAUAAACUAGAGGCAUUUGUUAAAAUGGUUGGACAGCAUGUUUCUUUCCUAGAAGAACAAGUACUCCAAGCAGAGAAGGCUCACGCUGUCAUCCCCUACACUGUCCGAAAGCUAUUUGGAUCUGCUGCUAUCCCUUUAUUUAACAAAAAAUGCACCUCGUCUCCACAGCACACUUACAGCCUGCCAGAGCUCUACAGAACGGAAGACUAUUUUCCUAUCAAGUACAUAGGUAGCAAAUAUCAAAACCACUAGGUCCUGCAUUUAAGUUAUCGAUAGUUUAGCCAAAUCAGUCGAAAGAUAUGUGUAGUGCUAUACAAAGUAAAAAAAACUGGAAGAAUGGCAGCAUUUCUACCAUGUACUGACUUUGAUGAAUAGUUCUCAGCCAGGAGAACUAAAUUAGUAUGCUUGCCUGUCAAAAAACACAACAUUCCAAUGAAAAGUCCUAGUUUUGAACCACUGAUGUUCUCCUGCAUUCGGACUUCAUGCCUGGGACAAACCAUAUUUAUUGUCAUACUUGCCGGUUCUCUCCCUCCUCCUGUUGGGGAGUACUACUGACUUCUUGAUUUUAGCACUGUUAAGCUUAACUCAAAUUUAUAUUUAGUGUAAUGUCCAAGUGUAGGAGCCUGGACGACUUGGUAUGCAUUUCCUUUCCACAAACGGGGAGCAGAAUCCUGGUUUGUGAGGAAGAAGCAAAGUACAGAUUGUGCAGGUACCGACAUUGGGAUGUCACGUUGCUAGCUCUUUGCUUUUGGUUCUGUUUUGACACUUGAGACAUGUUUGCACAUAUAAGCAUCAAGAGAUGGCAUAUUUGAGAUGUCUCGGUUUGAUGAACCUUACUUUAAAUACUUCUCUGAUUGCACUGAACAAGCUAUUUUCUCACUUUAGAUACAACUAAAACUACCAUUUAUACAAAGAAUGUCUCAGUUAUGUUUUUGAAUGUAUGCAGUGCAGUGCCAAAAUUCCAUUUUGAAAGCAGCUCUCGCAAGUGCUGUACAGACAACCCAUCCACACACUGACUGGAUAUGCAGGAAGGGAAAGUGGGCACAAGCACACUGGCCCCACCUCACAAUUGCCACGUUGUCUGUGCAGUGUAAAUGCACAGAAUAAGUGGCCACAUAUGCAUUCUGUCCCCAUGAUCACAGGGAGGAAGUGCAUGUAAAGACACCACCUCUGUUCCUCUGUUUGUACUGCACAGAUGACUGUGCAAUGGGUGUGUGCGUGUGUGUGAUUGUGGCCUCUCAGCACAGUCAGUCAACAUGGGGGUGGGUUGUCUGCAUAGGGCUGAAGUGACAUAUUUGAAUUCAAACAUAAACAAGAGUCCAUUUUUUUUCACCCAUGUCACAGGUAUUCAGAAUUCCUAUAUAAUAUAGUUUGAAUGGUACAAAUAAAAUUCUGGAAAAUGUGUUCAGCUUUUUGUUGCAUCAGCAUGCCAUCGAUAUGAUGUUAAAAUGCAUAAUUUAUACAAAGGAACUGCUACUACACCAUCCCCAGAUAUCACUCCUCUUUUUGACAGGUUUGUCCAAAUUUCAGUCAUAAAGGUGUAAGUAUAACUAAUACAGUGUAUGCAAACCAUCAACACCAGAGUCUGCCAUAUCAAACAUUAAGGCACACACAUAUAGCUAGCAUUAUUUAUUCCU